AUGGGAGCCACGGUGAGGCGCCCCAAGCGGAUCAAGGCCGCCGCGCUGCCCGCCGAGAUCGUGGAGGAGAUCCUCGCCCGCCUGCCAGCCAAGUCUCUGCGCCGCUUCCAGUGCGUGUCGCGGUCGUGGCACGGCCUCAUCCCGUCGCCGCCCUUCCGCCAGCUCCACUCCAGCCGAGCUGGCAGCCGUCGGCCGCGUGGGCUUUUCGUCAGGCGGGCCGGGUACGGCGGGUCCUUCCACGCUUGCCGGCAAUUUGGCGGCCCUGUGGAGGAGAUCCUGAGCUCCUCCGACUUGGCGCCGGGGAACGUCUUCCCACUAAACAAAUCCUGCCACGGGCUCGUCCUCCUGUGCUGCCUUGACUACAGCGCUUACUAUGUUUGGAAUCCUUCCACCGGGGACAUCCUGGCUCUGCCUGACAGGACACCGUUCAAGACGGCGGGGUACAAUUCUCACACGUUCGUGUCCUACGGCCUGGGGCACUGCUCGACGAGCGAUCAGUACAAAGUGGUGCGCAUGUAUUGGCAUCGUAACGCCACAUUCUGCGAGGUCUUCACACUCGACCAGUCCACCUACUGGAGGCCUGCCGCCAUGAAGCCGCCGCCUUCGAGUCAGGGGCGGCCAAGGAGCCGUGUUCAUCCUGCACUUUGUCGCAGAAGAUGGCGUAAUCACUGCCUUCAACGUCACGGACGAGACUUUUGGUACACUGAUGCCCCCAGCAGGCUUAGAAUACAGUGGUUUUGA